GAGAAGAUGAAAGACCGACUUCAAGAACUGAAGCAGAGAACAAAAGAAAUUGAACUCUCUAGAGAAAGGCAUGUGUCAACCACAGGGGCAGACGAAGAAGGAGAGUUUUUGCAGCAAGCUGUUAUUUAUGAAAGAGAACCUGUAGCUGAGACACAGUUACAUAAGAUCCAAAAAUUACAGGAAAGUAUCAACAAUCUAACAGAUGAUGUUCAAAUAGUUGGACAGCAGCAGAAAAGUCUGGUGGCUUCAAUGAGGAGGUUUAGUCUACUCAAGAGAGAAUCAAGCAUUAUAAAGAAGAUAAAAAUUGAAGCAGAACACAUUAGAAAAAAUUUGGAUGAUUUAGUAAAAGAAAUUAAGAAGUCAGAGGAUGAAAAUGGUCCAUCAUCAGUGGUCACAAGGAUACUUAAAUCUCAGCACACUGUUAUGUUCCGUAAAUUUCAGCAAACCAUGUUUAAAUACUAUGACACAAUAGCAGCAAAGCAAGAGAAGUGCAAGAUGUUUCUUUUCCGCCAGCUUGAAGUUGCUGGAAAAGAAGUGUCUGAAGAAGUAGUAAAUGAUAUGCUUCAUCAAGGGAAAUGGGAAGUUUUCAACGAGAGUUUACUUACAGAAAUCAUUAUCACUAAAGCACAACUCUCAGAGAUUGAACAAAGACAUAAGGAACUUGUUAGUUUGGAGAGCCAAAUCAAGGAUUUACGAGACCUUUUCAUUCAGAUAACUAUCUUGGUAGAAGAGCAAGGAGAAAGCAUCAACAAUAUUGAAAUGACAAUGAACAGUACAAAAGAAUAUGUUCACACUACUAAAGAGAAAUUUGGACUAGCUGUAAAAUACAAGAAAAAAAAUCCUUGUAAAGUAUUUUGUUGCUGGUGUUGUCCAUAUUGUAACUCAAAAUAAAGAAACU